GCGGGGGGUGGGGAGUACACAGGCAGAUGUCAUGAGGGAAUUUCAUUGGUGCCUUGUAAUGUCACUAGGUCACAAGGGAGGACAAGGGCAGCUUGUGUCAGGGGCCACAGCCUCAUCACUCUGGUGUACUCAGUCACCUGGGUGGGGUGCUCACAGACUGUGGGGAUGGUGAGGCAGCAGAAUACGAAGUUUAAAAAAUUUACCAUACAGUAUGUCCACUUGCUCAGUUAGGAGCAUCUUAAAUGACAAGAUACAGGAAACACAACAGGGAAACUGGGUGUGUCCCCUUUAGAAACAUCCAAUGCCUCGCCUCCUUCGUUGGAGCCUCUGUAGGCCCUUUGCCAGCUCCAGUCUCCCGCCUCUGGGACGUUGGCUCCAAGGAGCCGCGCCAACUCCCUCUACCGGGCGGAUGCAGGACAAGAACUACAUUACCCUGAAGGCUAUGCUCCGCGGGAUGGCUGUGAGCGCCGAUCUGAUGACGUCACAGAAAAACGGGCGUUCGUGGCUCGCGUUGUCAAGGGUGGGACUUCCUGUGUCGCCAGGGAGGCCGUUUGUUCGUGAUGGCGUGGUUGUGUCUCUAUCUUAGGUGACUUCUACUCGGGACGUCGGGACGGAGCGGGGAGGACAGCCAGUAGGGCCCACCUGUGCCUUUGUACGACCUGGGGGAGGGUCAGCUAAGCCCGCUGCACCCGCCGGUCUCCGGCGCCCUCACGUGGCCCUACGCUCCCCGCGGUGCGAUGGCGGCGCUGGUGACCCCGGCGCAGGUGUUGGUGACCUUCAAGGAUGUGGCCGUGACCUUUACCCGGGAGGAGUGGGGACAGCUUGACCUGGAUCAGAGGACCCUGUACCAAGAGGUGAUGCUGGAGAUCUGUGGGCUCCUGGUCUCACUGGGGCAUCCAGUUCCCAAACCGGAGUUGAUCCGCUUGCUGGAGCAUGGACAGGAGCUGUGGAUGGGAAUGAGAGGCCUCCCACGUAGCACAUGCCCAGGUGACAGAGCAAAACGUCAGACCAGAGAGCUGGUUUUGUCUGAAGGAGCCUUGCUCCAGGGAAGCCUGACUCUGGGAUCUUCAAGGGACUGCAGGUCGAAGCAAGCCAGGGAUCCAGAAGGGCUUUUGGAAGUGCAGAAAGGUCAGCUGAGGCCAGAGACAGAUGCCCACAAGGAGACCCAUCCUGGGAAAACGAGCCUUGAAGAUGAUCGUUUGGAGGCGGAUGAUGGUGUGCACUCCAGGGCGUUCCAGGAGAGAGUCUCUCAGGGAGAUGUUCUCUGUGAGCAUGACCCACAGGGACCAGGAAAAGGCCCCCUGAUUCAUAACCUCUACAAGUGCAAGCAGUGUGGGAAGAGUUUUAACAGGAAGUGGUACCUUGUUCGACAUCAGCGGAUUCACACUGGAAUGAAGCCCUAUGAAUGCAAUGCGUGUGGGAAAGCCUUCAGCCAGAGCUCAACCCUGACCCGGCACUACGUCAUCCACACCGGGGAGACGCCGUACAAGUGUGCCGAGUGCGGGAAGGCCUUCAAACGCAGGUCAUACCUCCUGCAGCACCAGCCGAUCCACACUGGGGAGAAGCCCUAUGAGUGCGGCCAGUGUCGAAAGGCCUUCACCCACCGCUCUACUUUUAUUCGCCACAAUAGGACCCACACUGGAGAAAAACCCUUCGAAUGCAAAGAAUGUGAGAAAUCAUUUAGCAACAGAGCACACCUCAUCCAGCACUACAUCAUCCACACUGGAGAGAAGCCCUACGAUUGCACAGAGUGUGAGAAGGCCUUCAGGUGCAGCUCAGAACUUCUGCAGCACCAGCGGAUUCACACAGGGGAGAAGCCCUACGAGUGUGCCCAGUGCGGGAAGGCCUUUCACCGGAGCACGUACCUCAUCCAGCACUCUGUCAUCCACACUGGGGAGACGCCGUACAAGUGCGCCGAGUGCGGGAAGGCCUUCAAACGCAGGUCACACCUCCUGCAGCACCAGCGGGUUCAUACUUGAGAAAAAGGCCUUCACUGCUGCUCCUCUUUUGUCUUUCAUGAGGGGAUCCACGCUAGAGGGAAGAACCCUUUGAGUGCAAAGAAUUCUGGGAAGGUUUUUUGUCUGCUUUUCAAAUGCACAUGUGGUCACAUCGGAGAAGAUGCCUUUCGAAUGCAGUGGAAAUGUCAGAAGCCUUCGGCCCCUGCUCAUCGUUCAGAGGAUUCAUUCUGUGGAGAAACUCAGCACAAGAAGCCAUGCCACCCGUGGGUCCAUCCACCUCUGUCAACAUCAGAGAACAUACCGGGGAAAGACGUUCUGAAUGUAACCAGAAGGACGCUCCUCAGCCAAAAGAAAAGACUCAUCCUCGCCACCUGAGAAUGUGUAAUGAAGAGGAACCACGUAAUUAUUGCCGUGAGAAAACCUCCUGUGACAGGUCACCACUAGUCACGUAGAGUCAUAUUGGAACUUGACGGAGCUUGGGCUUUCCCUGUGAGGAAGCGCAGAGGAGACAGACUCAGGGGUCAUUGUGCACUUAUAACAACCUUCAGCCACAGGGCUCCCCCUUGGUUUGCACUUAAGCCAUCUCAGCAUUAUGUUAAAAAGAAGGCUAACAAGGGAAUUCCCUGCGGAGUCCCAGUGGUUAGGACUCGGCGCUUUCACUGCCGGAGGACCUGGCUUUGAUCCCUGGUCGGGGAACUAAGAUCCCGCAAGCCCCACUGGUGCAGCCAAUAAAGAAAAAAGAAAAAUAACAAAGAGGUGGAGGGGAUAGAGACAAAGACUAUAAAUGGAAAAAACAAAUGCUUUCAGACUUUCCUGCCAAGCCUGUUGCAGUUUUUCAUCGGUUCUGUUUUUUGGUGGGGCAAUGUUUGAGAGAGCAAAGGAACCCAGCCCUUUGUUUUUAUGUGUUCACUGCUGUCUCGUGUCAGGAAGGUUGGAUGUUGAGGGCAGCUCCACCAGCAUUUGUUGGAAGGCUUUGUUCCGAACAUCUCUAGCCAUUGGCCUAAUUCUUUGUGAGAAAUAUGAGGGCUUGAGUCAUGAGCUACUUGAACUUGUAAGAAAUUAGAAUACCGAAAAUAACAUCACACAAUACUUGUAUUUUAUAUCUAAGGAGAGAAUGGUCCACAUAGGGAUUGCCACAUUAAAAUGUGCACCCCUAAAGACGUUGAAUUUUUUUUUUAUAGGUAAACUCCUGUUCAUCUGGUUUUAAAUGCCUGAUACUAUCUCUCACUCUUUCUUCUUCUUCUUCUUUUUUUUUUUUUUAGUUUAAAAAGAAGUACGUUUAUUAGUAUAUGCACCGUUUGCAGAAUAGAAACAUUUAGGGUAUUUAGGGAAAUUCACUCUAAAGUUCAACAAACCUCAGUGAAAAUAUGUUGUAUUUGUUUAAUGGCAGACAGGUAAUUACUUGAGUCUAUUAACUGGCUGCAUUUUCAGUCUUCAGUAGGUUCUUUUUUUUUUAAAAUUUUUUAUUUAUUUUAUCUUUGGCCACGUUGGGUCUUCAUUGCUGUGUGCGGGCUUUUCUCUGGUUGCAGUGAGCAGGGGCUACUCUUCGUUGUGGUGCGCAGGCUCCUCAUUGCGGUGGCUUCUCUUGUUGUGCAGCACGGACUCUAGGCACGCGGGCUCAGUAGUUGUGGCGCACGGGCUUAGUUGCUCCACGGCAUGUGGGAUCUUCCCGGACCAGGGCUCAAACCCGUGUCCCCUGCGUUGGCAGGUGGAUUCUUAACCACUGUGCCACCAGGGAAGCCCUCAAUAGGUUCUUUGAAAAGAUGUUUAGCAAGGUGGAAGAUAACUUGAUCCAUGUCACUUAGAGGCUUUAUUUAUCUAUUUUUAAAAAUUUUAUUGGAGUAUAGUUGAUUUAUAAUGUUGUGUUUCAGGUGUACAGCAAAGUGAUUCAGUUAUACAUAUACUCAUUCUUUUUCAGAUUAUUUUCCCUUAUAUGUUAUUAUAAAAUAUUGAGUAUAGUUCCCUGUUCUAUACCGUAGGCUGUUGUUGGUUAUCUGUUUUAUAUAUAGUAGUGUGUAUAUGUCAAUCCCAAUCUCCCAAUUUAUCCCUCCCCCCCAAUUGUCACUCUUGAUUCCAUUCUACGUGGGUUUUUUUCUUUUCUUUUUUUAAAUUAUUCAUUCAUUCACUUCAAUAUUUAUUGGAUGCCAGAAUCACUGUUCUGGGCACUUGAAAGGCAUCACUGAACAAAACAGGUUGAGAAAAGAAACAAUCUUGCCCUGCAGAAUUUACAUAAGCAGCGUAAUAAACAAUAAAUUGUAUAAAAUACUAGAAGGUCAUAAGUGUUACUGAAGGGAAAAAAAUGGAGCAGUGUAAGUUGAAUGAUACACACCAAUCUGUGAGGGGAUAAGAACACGUCAUAAUUUUAAAUAGAAUGGUUAAAGUGGGGCCUCUUCUCAAAGCUGACGUUUAUGCAAAAACUUGAGAAGAAGGUGCUAGCUAUGUGGGUAUUUGGAGAAAGUUCUCUCCAUGUAGAGGGAACGUCCAGUUCAAGGGCUUUAUGGCUGUGACAUAACCUGGAAUAUUCGAGGCACAUCAAGGAGGUGAUGGAGCUGAAUCAGUGAUGAAGAGAGGGAAUAGUAGGAGAUUAAUUCAGAAAGGAAAUUGGGAGUCCAAUUGCAGUCAAACGCUGCAUAACACUGUUAGGGUCUUGGCUUUGACUCUGAAUGAAAUGGGGAGACAUUGGAAGAUUUGAAGCAGAGGAAUGGCUUGAUCUGCCACGUCUUUGAAGGGUCACACCGGCUGUUGUAUUGAAAGUGGUUUGUCGGAGGGUUUGUUUUCUUUAUUGUCUCUGACAGCAAGGUGCCCAUCCUGUAUGUCUGUGGCCUUCUGAGGUGAGUCCUAGUUCUUUCCUCUUUCCGCUGUUUCAGCCUCUCUAACCCUGUGGAAAGGACUGGACAUUUCCAAGUCCCCCUCUGCAGCUUUCUAGUGGUUGAAUUAUAGGUAAAACCAGUAAAAUAAAACACACAUCCAAGUUAAAUUCAUGAUGAAGGAGAAGGAUCCUCCUUGUCCGAUCUUAUAAAUGUUUGUGUGAAGUUGUUUUUUUUUGUUUUUAGAGUAAAGUGCCAUGGAUUUUAACAGGUGAGUCCAGAUGUAUACAUGCAGGUCUCGUGUUUGUGUGGGUUUCACAGUUGCCACCAUGGACUUACUCCCUUGUGCUGGCAUUGGAUAUGAGUACUUGAAAUUUGUCCUGAGAUUUUUUUUUUUCCUUUGAGGCUAGUUUUCAAGCUACACAAGAUAAUCAGUAUUAACUGAAAUAAUGUGAAAAAAUGUGCCAUACAGGGGCUUCCCUGGCGGUGCAGUGGUUAAGAAUCUGCCUGCCAAUGCAGGGGACACGGGUUCAAGCUCUGGUCCAGG